AUGCUCCCGGACCGAGACCGGGACCGGGACACGGACCGGCCUCUCGGGGCUGCUCCCGGACCGAACCCGGUUCCUGCCCGGGAUGAGGGGCUGCUCCGGACCGGACCCGCUCCCGCCCGGGCUGUCGAAGCCGGAUCCCGCCCCGGAGGGCCCGGAGGUCUCAGGGUCGGGACGGGCCGGCCCGGCCCCUCCGCUGCGUUUCCCCUGGCCCGGCCCCUCCGCUGCGUUUCCCCUCAUGGCGAAGCCGCUGUGUCCGCUCCGGGCAGCCUCACCGGGCUGUCCCCGGGUCACGCCACCGGCCCCAGCGCGGUGUCACCCUUUUCCCCCCUUUCCCCUCAGAACGCCGCCCUGGCCGGGUCCGUCCCCGCACGGCUCGGCUGCCCUGGGGCUGCUCGUGGCACCAUUCGCAGGAUCAUUAUCGAGAACCCAGACCAGGAGCCAUUAUCCCCUUUUCUUAGAGGGGCCAGUUUCUCUCCUGGAAAUAAUGUCAUCUAUGAAAAGACAAUAAGAAAAUACGAGCUAUUAAAUCCUCUCCAAGAGCGGCAGUUCCCGCCGUGCCCGGCCGAGCCGUGCCCGCAGUGCCCGCCCGCCGCGCCGCCCCCGCUCACGCAGCAGUGCCGGCAGACACAGACGGGCUCUCCCUGCGAGCUGUGCCCCGGCCCGGGCAGCGACGAGUGCCGGGCACACCCCGUGAGGAGGGGCGCCGCCCCCCCCGAGCUGGUGAGCUGCCCCCAGGACACCCCUGAGCAGCUGGACUGUCGCUUCUUUGGGGAGCUGCUGGCCGAGCUGCACCGCAAGAGCACCGACCUGUACAGCUGCCUGCUGCAGCACGUGGAGAAGAUUGGGACAAGGAACCACGACAUUGAAUUCACGUGCCAGACUGAAGAUAUUGAAGAAUUAAUUCCCAAAGGACUGUCUGAGGCAACAAAGCAGCAGAUUCGUUAUCUCCUCCAGAUGAGAGCGACAUCAGACAAAUCCCUGAGACUUGUGCUUUCCACCUUCAAGAAUCUGCGUGAGGAGCUCUGCCAUUUGCAGGAUGACCUGGGGAAGCUGGAAACUGAUAAUGUCUUGCUGAAGAAGGAUUUGGCUUUUAAGGAUUCUCAAGUAAAAGAAUAUGAAACAAUGCUGGCUUCUCUGAGGGAGAACAACCGUCAGCAGCAGCAAGGGCUGAGGGACAGCACUGCCAGGUGCCGCUCGCUGGAGGAACAGCUGCUGUCCCUGCGGCUCAGCGAGGGGGACAAGGAGUGCCAGCUGAAGGAGCUGGAGUACAGCAGGAGGGCCCUGGAGCAGGAGAUCCAGAGCCUCAAGCUGCAGAGCUGCUCCAGCCCCAGCCUGCAGACCACGACGGACGAGCUCUCCAGCCGCUACGUGGAGAUGAUCAACAACCUGAGGGAGGACAAGGACAGGGAGAUCCGCAGCCUCAGGUCCCAGCUGUGCCAGUUCCAGCAGGACAUAACCAGGAGAGAGGGGAGCAACAGUGACUUGCAAAUGAGGCUGCACGAACUGACAUCGCUGCUGGAGGACAAGGAGGCUUUUAUUAAACAACAGCAAGAGGAGCUUUUCAGACUGAAGCAUGAGAAGUUAUCUGGCAGUCAGUCCCCUGGGGUGACAGCCAUCAUCACUAAAAAGUACAGGAAUCAAUACCCUAUUCUGGGUCUCCUGUCUGAUGACUACAAGGUCACAUCACCUGUCAAUAAAUCACAAACCAUUGUAAUUGAGAGGACUGGGGAGAUCUGGAAACACGAAUGAGAGAAAACUCAGAGCUGCUCCAAGGAGUUCACAACCACUAAAACUGCUUUACUUUCUGCUCUUCUGCAUCCAAAAAAGGUUCAGUCUGAUAGUGAGGAAGGCUGGGAAAACAUUAAGGACUCACUUUUCCCUCGGAAGAGUGGGAUGCUCUCCCUCUGUGGACUUCAGCUGUUCUUGACUAGCUCCUGCCCUUCAGCCAGUCCUGAGGCAAUCUAGGAGACAAAAGGAAGACACCUGAAACCUUUUCCUCUUGGUCCUUGCAGCCAGGUUCUGUCUCCUCAUGCUGACAGUGGGAAUGACCCCGAUGUCAGUCCCACCCCUCCCACAGCUGCUUUCAGUGCAGAGCCACGGGCUGCAUGGGAACUUCAAAAAUACCUCACUGGGAACUGCUCCUUCCCUUCCACCUGCCCCUGUCUGGGAAGCUCAGACACAAAGGACAAAACUUACAUCAAACCCAGCUUGUGACCUGGCAAAUGCCAGCAGGACCCAGUUCAGUGAAGGGCUGGGCCAAGGCUCAUUUUAAAGAAUGUUUCUGACCUCAGAGGUGAUGUAUUUUCAGCCCCAAACCAGCUGACCAAGAAAUUCUUUCAAACUGAUUUGGUGUUCAUGAUUCAGUAGUUGUCUGAGCAACACAGCACAGAGACUCACAGGGAAAGUUUGCAACGCUGCAAUCCAAAGGUGCUCUUCUAUGGUGGGGUUCUUGCUUUGCUUUCCUGCUGCAGCCAUGUAUUUCUGCUCCACAUAAUAGAGACCCUAGGCAAUGUUUAAUGGGGAAACAAUGCUGGAAGCUACCUGUAACCAUGAAAUAAACCCAAGUCUAACUCUCUGCA